AUGUUUGCCGCUGGUCUCGGGAGUUCAGCUUUGGUUGCACUGCCGCCUCGGCCAACGUGCCGCGCGAACCAUUCCAUCGACUGGAGGCUCGGUGACGGUAGUGAGAGGCUCAUCCUUCAGAAGGUGGACACCAUCACCGACCUUGUCUACGACCGCCUCCUGACAAGAGGUGGUUUCCAGUGGAAAUGCAAGGACGAGUCCGUACUCUGCCAGACCAAACCACAGAUGACCUCCAAGCUCAGGCUCAUGUAA